AUGCGAGAACAGGGCGAUCAAGCACGACGGAGACAGUCCGAUGAGUUUGGGAUUUACAACGACGGCUCAAAUAGUGUCACUCCAACAUCUGUUACGCAAAAUGAGGGAGAGCGAGUCGAUCGGAGUAUGUUAAGCGAGUCAGAGCCCGAGGAAAUCAACGAUGAUGUUCAACCCGGCUAUGGAGACUUCGAUAGCCUCUUGGAACCGGAUCUUCCAGAAGAAGAACUGCGCCAGAUAGAAGAAGAGCGUUCUCAAAGAAUAGCGGCUAUAGAGGCUGGGAGCCCGACCACUGGAGCAGUCUUGGAUCCGGAAUACAGCUGGAACGAUGGUUUACUUUACAAUUUAACAACACAAAACGUGGAAGGAAAUGAAGAACAGCAAUAUCAUCCCCAAGACUGGAUUGUUAACGAAUAUGAGAAUCACUACGACGAUUACAACCAUUACGACGACGACUGCGAUUUGAGCGAUCAUGACGCAAACAAUGAAGAAACAGGUCCUGUUAUUAACCUUACAAAUGAGGAAAUAGCUGAACUGAACGAUAAAGCGGCAAAGGAUUGGGAUAAUCCACAACGCCGUCGUCUCGUACCCAUCCCCUUCCCGUCAAUCUUCCGAAGACAUAGAUCACGCGGUAUUCGAAGCGCGAACUGCCGAAUCCCGCGUCGAAUCCGACGAAUGAAAUCUAUAGGUUGUUCGGUAAAGGCUAUUCACAUCAGAUCUAGAUCCGCGAGAUCCAUCAGCCGUCUAUGUGUGAGAGUUCCAAAACACCAUAAUGUUGUACAUGUACUUUACAAACGUGGCAGAAACGUUCGAGGACCGGGGGCUGGAACAACCCGAAGGCGACGUACAGUAUGCCAUUCAGAAGAAUUGAGCAAACCAUUGCCUGAACUGAACAGGAAGGUACUAGUCUUAGUGGCUGGAAGACCUCUUGUUUGGUUGAUAUUCUCGAGAAACCCGCUGAUUGUACCAAGCGCACCAAUAGACUUUUAUAAUGGGUAUCAUCCAAUUACUGGCGCCCCCAGACCUGGGAAAGUGACAUGGAUCGAAGAUAUGGAAGACUUUAGGAAAUUUCUUCCUUACCUUUCAGAAAUCCGUGCAUCAGAUAACCCCGAGCUUGCUCUCGACUGCGAAUCGAGCGGAUGUCUUAACCGUAAUGGGAAUAUCACACACUUGACCAUGACCGUCAAAUCUAUGGAUCAUACUUGGGUUCUCUGCAAGAACGGCAUUCCUGAUAAUUAUUUCGAUAUAGCUAACGAUGAAGGGGUCACACUACGGUCCAUACUCGAAAACCAGGACAUCAUACAACUCUGGUUUGACGUGCGUGGUGACAGCGACGCCAUACAUGGUCUCUACAAUAUCAGGUUAGGGAACGUCAUUGAUAUUCAACUGAUGGAGCUCGCUACCCGUUACGCGGAUAACCACCAAAAGAUAGUUGGUCUAGGAAAGGCUGUAGGGCAAAGCGGCCACAACUUCAUGUCACAACUUGCUUUGAAUAAAUGGCUCUGGGCCAAAAGAGAAGGAGGUAGUCAUCUUGGCUCCAGCAACUAUCAGACAUUAAACCAACAUCCACUACCACUUUUAGAGAAGAUGUAUGUUGCCGGGGAUACACAUGUGCUAUUUGGAUUGCAUGAUGUUUAUAUAGCUAGAUAUCCCAUCAUCCAGUCUGCCUAUGGAACAGUCGGGAAAGAAGUGGAUUUAGCUGAGAUCGUCAAGACACAAAGUAUGCUUCGAGUUCACCAAAGCGAGAGUCCUGGUCAUGAGCGUGGCGAAGGGUUCGAGAUGCAAGGAGCACCUCGCGUGUUCCGUGACUUGGAAUGGGUCUGGUCAGACGGGACGGUGAAGCGUAGGCAAAUGCCAGGGCCAUCUCUAGAACAGCAUUCAGUUGAGCCAACCGCAGAUGAAUUCGCCCACCUGAAUGAAGAGAACAUUCUCCAGGCAACUCAGGGGGAUGGGGGAGGGGAUUUUCUUCUGGACGCAGCCGAUCAAGGGUCGUUAUAUUCCCAAGAGACAGAACUGGGAAUCGAAUCAGAAGAGGAUGGCGAAAGAGCCGGGCAGCUUCAAGAAGAAGUUCAUCCUGGGGAUGUCAGAUCCCAGAGAGACGACGUUCAUCAUGGUGAUAAUCAAUCUUCGCAUUAUUGGCAAAGGGUUCGAGACGACAUCCUACCAGAAGAAGAUGAUGAACCGAUUGGAAACGCGGUCCGUCGAGGGAAUGAGUGGCUGGAGGGAAACGAAGGUCUUUAUUACGAGCCGAGUUUGGACCCGUGUUCUGACCGUCACCAACAGGAGUUUAAACCAGAAUUUGGUGACGAGCAACUCGAUGAAGCAUUUCCUAGAAGUCAUCGGUUGCUAAACAGAAACCAAGAUCGGCAUCGCGAGCAAGCAUUCUUAGAACCACUUCCCGAACAGCACCAACACGAGAGUAUACAAGAAGAAACUGGUGAACAGAUGUCAGAUGAAGAUCCUCGGAACAGCUUGUGGCUGGAAAGUCUAGGGAUGGUACCACAGAGCAACGCAUGGCUACAAAGACUAGAAGAGUUUAAUAACGAACUACGAACCUCAAAGCGACCUUCGGAACAAUGGGCGCUCGAAACUCCACCAGUCGAACUUAUCGAGCCAACCGAAGUAGAAACCGCUGAGAUGAAUCAUUCACAUGAGAUUCCACAACAGGGCUACGAAACCCCGCAAGCUUCCGCCGCUAUAGUCGAUCACAAUGAACCAGCCGAAGAAGACCAAACCUACACAUGCCGACCGCGCGGAAUCAGACGUCUUGUCAACCGCUUCUCAACUCUAGACCUCCGAAAAAACAACCCAGAACCAACCAACCAGCCCACUAGAAGAAGAAGCUUCAUGCGACUAAAAGCCCUCGUCGACCCCAACCAAAACAGACUCGCCAGACGCGCGAGCAGUUUCUUCAGACCCAAACAACCCCCUCAAGAGGUCCCACGAGAAGUCCCAGCAAAUAUCUUCGGGCCUCGAACAGAUGGACAUCUUCCAAGAUCAAGUAGUUACGCGAAUAACCCUGCGUGGCUGAGUGUUUUUGAAGCUGAGCAGGCGAGGUUGGGAAGUAAAACUGGAGGUCUGGGGGAUGAGAAGAGGACUGGAUCGGUUAGGCAGAGGGUGAAGAGUUUUUAUAUGAGUGGGAGGAGGAGUGUUUCUGAGUUCUUUACGCAGACUUGA